AUGCUCAAUCCAUUAUAUAUAACAAUGCAAAGCAGGAAAGCGCACUUGUGUCUACCAGAACCAGAAAGAAGUGAGCAAAAGCAGCCAGCCUUUGGUAGAAACAUAGUAGGCGCAGGGCUCCCCGUGCUAGUUUCUUUGCUCCUCGCACUCGCUGCUAGCACGGGGUCAGCACACAUUCCACACGCCGGAACCGCCGCAAGUAAUUCCAGCGACCACUCUGCUCUUCUGUCCUUCAAGGCGCUCAUAAGGGACGACCCCUUGCAAGCUCUGGGGUCAUGGGGCAACCGGUCCACGCCCAUGUGCCAAUGGCACGGCGUGGCGUGCGGCAGGCGGGGACGCCGCCGUGGCCGGGUUGUGGCGCUGGACCUCGGCGACCUCAACCUUCUAGGCGCAGUCUCCGCCUCGGUGGCCAACCUUACAUUCCUGAGGAGGCUCCGCCUAGCCGGUAACCGCUUGAAUGGCGCCGUGCCAUCAGCUCUUGGCCACCUGCGGUACCUGAAGCGGCUCAACCUGUCGGACAACUCUCUGGACGGCGCUAUUCCGCCGUCGCUUUCGCGGUGCCGGCAGCUCGACAGUAUCAGCCUUGGAUACAACAGGCUGAAAGGGAAGAUACCCCGGGAGCUUGCAGCCUUGCCCAACCUGGGUUUACUCGAGCUCGGCCGGAACGAGCUCCAAGGGGAGAUACCGCAUGAGCUUGGCUCCUUGCACAAUCUUGUGGUACUCGAUCUAGGCCACAACCAGCUUGGAGGAACCAUCCCUGCGGAGAUCAGCAACCUUGUGAACCUGGAGUAUGUGGACAUUUCAAACAAUAAGCUAACAGGAGAAAUACCCCCUGGCAUAGGUAACCUUGUCAAACUAGACACACUUUCUCUGAAUUCAAAUCAACUGUCUGGUUCUAUUCCAAGUUCAGUAGGAAAUCUCUCGGUGCUGGGCUUUCUUAGCCUGGCCACAAAUAACCUUACAGGAAGUAUUCCAGCAUUACAUAAUCUUUCAUAUCUCUCGGUACUCAAUUUAGGAAACAAUGGCCUGACAGGAUGCAUCCCACCUGGGUUAGAGAACCUCACAUCACUCUCUGCCAUAUCUCUUAGCCGAAACCAUCUAACUGGCCAAAUUCCAGCAUCAAUAGGGAACCUCAACUUGCUUGAACUCCUUUAUCUGUCAUUCAAUAAUCUUACAGGUCCCAUACCCCACUCCAUUGGAAACCUACACUCCCUCGCUGAAAUUGGCCUCGAAAACAAUGAAUUAGAAGGGCCAUUGCCUCCUUUGCUAUUCAAUCUUUCCUACCUCCAAGUUAUCAAUGUACAAAGCAAUUAUAACCUCAAUGGGUCUUUUCCAUUCGACAUGGGAAACAACCUUCCAGGCCUACAGGUCUUCCUUGCAGCUUAUAAUCAAUUCCACGGUUCUAUUCCUCCCUCUUUGUGCAAUGCCUCUAUGAUUCAAAUGAUCCAGCUCCUUCAUAACUCCCUAACAGGAACAAUUCCCAGUUGCCUAGGAAUUCGCUUGAGGAGCUUGUCCGUAUUAACCAUUGCCGAAAACCAUAUUCGAGCAACACAAGAUGCCGACUGGGGUUUCGUGUCCAGCCUAAGCAAUUGCAGUAAUUUGCAAGUGUUGGAUUUAGGUGGUAAUAUGCUUGAAGGUGAAAUACCAAGUUCGGUAGGCACCGUCUCCACAAAUCUAGAGUUUCUUAACAUGCAAGAUAACAGCAUAACGGGGAAGAUUCCUGAAGUAGUGGCGAACUUGAGCAAUCUGCGCGCACUUUUUCUAGAUAGUAACCAUUUAAAGGGUACUAUUCCAACCUCUCUUGGCAAGUUGAAGAGACUAAAUUUGUUAAACCUAGGAAUGAAUGACCUAUCAGGAUCGAUCCCUCCCACAUUCAACAAUCUUACACAACUAAGCGAACUUAAACUUGGUGGCAACAUGCUUAGUGGAAGCAUACCUUCUAGUCUCAUGGCAUGUCCAUUACAAAAACUAGACCUUUCAAACAACAGCCUUGGUGGUCCAAUACCUAGGGACCUAUUCCUUAUAAACACAUUGUCCAUCUACAUGAGACUCCAAAACAAUCUAUUAACCGGGGAUUUGCCUACAGAAUUAGGUAACCUAAAGAAUAUUGGGGAACUUGAUUUCUCCGGUAAUCUGAUAUCUGGAGAGAUUCCGAUCUCGCUUGGAGGGUGCCAGACACUGCAGUUUCUGAAUGUAUCUCGGAACAACCUUCAAGGGACAAUUCCGCCAUCAAUCAUGCAGAUGAAAGCCCUAUUGAUGCUUGAUAUUUCCCAUAAUAAUCUCUCAGGGAGCAUUCCUGGGUUCCUCGGGAGCAUGGAAGGGCUUGCUAGUUUGAAUCUCUCAUUCAAUAACUUGGACGGUGAGGUUCCAACAGAUGGGAUCUUCAGCAAGGCAGCUUCCGCCUCAGCCUCAAUUAUGGGAAAUGAUGGCCUGUGUGAUGGAAUCCCUCAACUGAAGUUGCCACAUUGCUCCAACCUCACCACCACGAAACCAACUCAGAAACUGGUCAUAAUAUUCUCCAUAUGUGGAGCAGUCAUACUUAUCGCAUUAGUAUUUGCACUGUCGACAUUCUACAGUAAGAGCAGGAAGAUGAAAGCAAACAAGCAGACAUCAUCCAUCGGCGAGCAAUAUUUAAGGGUUUCUUAUGCUGAACUGGUCAGUGCAACUAAUGGUUUUGCUUCAGAGAACCUCCUUGGAGCAGGAAGCUUCGGCUCGGUGUACAAGGGAACAAUGAGGAUAGAUGACCAGCAAGUAGUGAUUGCUGUGAAGGUGCUCAACCUCACACAGCGAGGUGCAUCCCGAAGUUUUGUUGCAGAAUGUGAGACCCUGAAAUGUGUUCGACAUAGGAAUCUUAUGAAGAUAUUGACAGUGUGCUCAAGUAUUGAUUCUCAAAGCCGUGACUUCAAGGCCCUCGUGUAUGAAUACCUACCAAAUGGAAAUUUGGACAAAUGGAUACACCACCAUCCCAUAGAAGAUGGUGAAAAUAGGUCACUGCAUCUCCGUGUGAGACUGCAGAUUGCAAUUGAUGUAGCAUCAUCACUCGAAUACCUUCACCAACAUAAGCCAAUGCCAAUUAUUCACUGUGAUCUUAAGCCCAGCAAUGUUCUCCUCGAUGGUGAAAUGAUUGCUCAUGUUGGUGAUUUUGGGCUUGCAAGGUUUCUACAUCAAGACUCAGAGAAAUCAACUAGUUGGGGAUCGAUGAGAGGCACAAUCGGCUAUGCCGCUCCAGAGUAUGGACUGGGCAACCAAGUUUCAAUCCAUGGUGAUGUCUACAGCUACGGCAUACUGUUGCUGGAGAUGUUCAGUGGAAAAAGGCCAACAGAGAGCAGAUUCGGAGAAUCCUUUGGCCUUCACAAGUAUGUGCAAAUGGCAUUGCCAGAAAGGGCAGCAGAGGUCAUAGACCGAGACUUACUAGCAGAGACAGAAGAUGGCAAAGAAAGCAGCUCAAAUUCUAACAGAAAUAUGGAUCUGAGAAUUGCUUGCAUCACUUCAGUUCUGCGCACUGGGAUUUCAUGCUCACAAGAGACCCCAACGGAUCGCAUCCAAAUCGGGGGUGCUCUGAAAGAGUUGCUGGCAAUAAGAGACAGAUUUGACAAGGAGAUGUGUGCGGAAGGCGAGCCAGCAAACUAA